UUCGAUCUGAUAACAGAGAGAGCUCCACAGAAACAUCUAAGAAACCCUCUGAAUCAUAAUCUUAUGGCAGCCCGUUGAAUUCAUAUACUCGAAAGCUGCAGAAAUUCGCGGUUGUGAAACUUUUUAUUGCCUGUAGCAGUUGAAGGACCAUGAAAGGCCACGAAGCAAAGAUGCCGAGAAUGGAAGAUAUUCUUAGCCUUCCAGUGCAAGAUCCUCCUUUUGAAGAGUUUUCUGCUGCUCAUUUAAAGUGGGUAAAAGUAGAAGGUGGUCGCCAAGGUGGUGAUGAUAUUGCUCUCAUCCCUUAUGCUAGAGUGGACGAUUUUGUCAAAGGAGAAUCUUCUAAUGCAGAAUGUCCUGCUAGUUUCCGCAUUGAGUCAAGUAGGAAGAGACCUGAGGGGAGCAUCACCAAGCCGAGGGUUGAUGGCUAUCUGGAGUACACAUUGUACUGGUGUUCUUAUGGUCCCGAAGACUACCGAGAAAGUGAGUCUGGAAUGGGGGAUGUCUCAAACAUCAAGCCUGCAUCAGGGAAGGGGAGCAGGCCAGGGAGGCGUCACAUGAUGAGAGGUUGCCUUUGCCAUUUCACUGUGAAACGAUUGUAUACCCGCCCUCUCCUAGCCCUCAUCAUCUAUAAUCAAAGAAAGCAUGUAGAUAAGACAGGAGCCCCAUGUCAUGGCAGACUUGAUCGUGAUGCUCUAGGGACAAGAGCCAUGUAUGCUCCAAGGAUAUCAGAAGAGUUACGCCAAAAAGUGAUGUCUAUGCUUUAUGUUGGGAUAUCUUUGGAUAAUGUAAUUCAGCAUCACAUGGAGGUGGUGCAGGGGCAUGGUGGACCCCAUAAUCGGGAUGAUUUUCUCACUCGAAAUGAUGUUCGUAACAUGGAAAGGCUUAUUCGUAACUCUUCUCACGAGUUACAUGCAAAUGAUGAAUGCAGUAUUAAAAUGUGGGUCCAACGGCAUCAAAAGCAUGUAUUCUACUUUCAGGAGAACUCCAGUUCAGAACCCUUUAUCUUGGGAAUACAGACAGAGUGGCAGCUGCAACAGAUGGUCCAUUAUGGACAUAAUGGUUCGAUAGCUUCUCAUUCGACAUUUGGCUUGAAAAAACUUAAGUAUCCCCUGUGUACUUUACUCGUUUUUGACUCAUCCCACAAUGCAAUUCCGGUUGCUUGGGUCAUUACCUCUUCUUUUGUCGGUCAAGGUAUCCAUAAGUGGAUUGCCUUACUUGCUGAAAGAAUCCAUGCCAAAGACCCCAGAUGGAGACUCAAUGCCUUUCUGGUAGAUGAUCCUUCUUUUGAGGUUUCCAUUAUAAGAGAGGUUUUCCAAUGCCGGGUUCUAUUAUGUGUCUGGCGUAUUCGGCGCACUUGGAUAAGAAGUCUUUUAAAGAAAUGCUGCAACUUUGAUGUGCAGCGAGAGAUGUUUAAGUACUUAGGCUGGCUUUUAUAUUGCACAAGAAGUGGGCCAAAUGCUGUGGACGCAAUUGAAGAGUUUAUGCAAGUAUUUGUUGAUCAAUGUGCAUUUAUGGAUUAUUUCAAGAUCCGAUGGCUACCAACCAUAGAGUUGUGGGUUACUGGUGUAAGGUCUCUUCCUGUGGCCAGUCCGGAGAUUCUUGCUGCCAUUGAAUCCUACCAUUUGAGGUUAAAAUCCAAGCUUUUCAAUGAUCAACAUGCUAAUUCCUGGGCAAGAGUUGACUGGUUGAUGCACUUUCUGACGACAGAAUUUCACUCCUUAAAUUGGUUAGAACAAUACAGUGUGGAGACUGGGUAUCUUGAAAAUCUGAGGGACAAGUCUUUCUCAACCAACGCUUGGUAUCAGGCAUUACACAUUGUUGACAUUGAUGUGAUACUGGAUGAGCAAAAUCUUGAGUUUGCAAAAGUCAUUUCUCAAACAGACAGAAGCUUGGCGUAUACAGUUUGGAACCCUGGUUCGGAAUUCGCCCUCUGUGAUUGCCCCUGGUCAAGGGUGGGAAAUCUCUGUAAGCAUGUUAUCAAGGUGGCAAUUUUAUGUAAAAAUCGGCAGGUUGCAAGACCAUUAUUGGCUGCUCAAGUUUAUCGGCAGACAUUGCUUACCCUUCUGCAGAACCCCCCUGAUGAUCCUCUAGUUCUGGAGCAUGCCAUUUUACAUGCCACUCGCUUGCAACAGGACAUCAAAGGUUUAGAAGAUUUGUCUAAUAGUGGCUUACUCCAACCAUUACCUCCUGAGAUUAACUCUCAAAUGGCAGAUAGUAUUCUGCUUUUUCCCGGUCUUCAUUGAACCUACCAUUUACAAAGGGCUAUUGAGCAUCUUCAAUUGAGCUGAAUCUUCUUCAGCCAAAAGUUUCAAUGGGGGCCUGUGAAGCCAUGUGUUUUUAUUGGCUCAUAUACAACUUGGAAACAAGUCAGAAUUAAAAUCAGCACGGUUUGAUUGCACGAGACAGCGUUUAUUCAUGAACAUGCCAAUCUUUGCUUCUGUAGCAAAUAAGGAGGGUAGAGUCCGUGGACGAUGUGGCUUCAGCAUCCUACACUCUGUCUAUCACCCUUGCUCAAAUUACGAAAAUUAUUCAACCCAGAUUACAGUCAUGAUAUGAAGAAUGAAGAUAAGUUCCAAUGUCAAAGACGAAAAAAAAAAACCUUUAAUUCAUAAAAUGUACAAAGUAUGCCGCGUUGGCGUGUUCCUUACUCAACGGAGGAGAGGUUCUUUCCGUGUGUUUGCAUGAAAUGAUAGAGCCCAUUAUCCUCAAAAUGUACAUUGCAAUAUGUUGAUCUUCUAUACUCUUAUUAAAAAAAACCUCUGUAUAUGAUAUUUAAUGAAUGAAAAUAGAUGUAUAUAUUGUAUGAA